CCCCAGUUACAAGUUAUAGCAGAGCGACACAGGAGCGCCGUGGAAGUUGAGUUUCCACCGAGGACGAAGCAGAAGAAAGAAAAAAAAAAGAUUUUCGCGUGGACGCAACGGACAGAUCGAGGACAAACGGAACAUUUAUGUGAGGAAGAUCGCGUUUCGCUGAACAUUAGCUGCCUUGAGAAGACUAAUCUGCUAAACUCGCAGCCGCGCUGUUAUUGAGCAACUUUUUUCUGACGUCCACAUCAGCAAGGAAGAGAAAACAUGUUUCACUUCGGCCUUCUGUUGCUCUUAUCUGCCUCUUUCGUCUUCUCUGAGUCGCAGGUGAGGGAGACAGAGACGUGGAUGCCCCUGAAGGCCACACAUGCGGUUGCCAUGGCAAUGCACCAUCACGAUCAACUGGAAUCGUCCGGAGACGGGCAGAAUGGCUCGGACUUUGGCUUUGAUGAUGACGAAGACUACUAUGACACUUACGAAGAUGAGAUGUCGGGGUCGGGUGAUGGAGAAGGGACACAUGACCAGUCGGCCGGACGUGACAUGCCGGCGCCCACAGAGCUCGAUGCAGAUAACAGGAUUCCUGACGCGGAUCCGCCAACACCGCCCGGCGCCAACGAGGUGGAGAUGGUGCAGAACAGCAAUGAAAUUCCUCUGCUGAGGAACGGGCCAAACACCAGCGACGAGCUGACGUCUAACGUACUGAUGUCUCACGCCACCAACGACAGUGUCUUUGCAAAAACCGAAGUUCUGGCAGCACUGAUCACGGGCGUCGCCGUGUGCCUGGCGCUCGCCAUCCUGCUCGUCCUGCUGCUCAUCCACCGCAUGAAGAAGAAGGAUGAAGGAAGCUACGAGCUGGGGAAGAAGCCCAUCUACAAGAAGGCUCCCUCUGCCGAGAUAUAUGCUUAGGCCCCGCCCACCCAAUAGUUAUCAGCAAUGGGACUGACUCCUUUCCCUCCUGUGCCAAUCAGGGGCCCGUUUGUCCUUAUUUAUUCACUACACAAGCUACGUUGUCGGUUAGCGCCGGGUGGCGCUAAUCUCCAUUGAAAUAUUUGUUUUUAAUUCCCGUGGAGAUGACCUUUGUUUCUACAACACACACACAAAGCGGUGUGAAAGCCUAAAAUGAAUUGAAACCAGUUUGAGUCUGUGGCCAUAAUGUUCCACGUUAUGCUAACACUAGGUAGGUGCUCGGUGUUGAAGUCAGGUGAUGCGUCACGGCACUUCCUACAGGCUGGCCGAUGGCGUGCAAGGCUGCUUAGCUACAUCCGAGCAAGAAGCUACUGAAUUGACUCUUUGGUGGAGUGUUUAACUCUGCUCCUUUCCUAUCAGCACGCCCUGCUACUUUGUGAAUAUUUGUGUACUUUUUGUAAUUGUUUAGCAGUGGACGUUGCGGUACUUCUAUGGCAAUAAGCCAGUUUUUUUUGUUUUGUUCAAACAAGGUACUUCAUUGUCUGCCAAAAAUUUCAUGCCAAACAACUUUUGAUACUAACUCAUUAGAAGCUACUUUUUAUACACUACUUUGACAUUUCACACCUUUUUGAUGUUUUUCUAGAAUCUCACAAUCAUGUGACUAGCUUUGACCUCCCACUAGCAGACCGCAGUAGAGGCUAGCGGUCGGCUAGUUUGCUGCUGAAGGUCAAAGGUUUUUGGAAAUAAAACAUUUUUAUGCACAUCAA